AUGAAUGGGGGACGAUGAUAAGUCGCAUUCGGUUCCCGUGCCCCGUCGUAUUCACCCGAAUGCACUCAAACUCACGGCGGCAUUGCGAUUCGGGUCGGGCUGCAUGAUAUUCGGGCUUGAUCGGAGGUGAUCUGCCACUCCAAUCUCCGCCGCAGAGUCAAUCAGAAGCACUGGAGACGGUUCAGGAGCCCCUGAAGCCGCCGGGAAACGGUCAGAUCCGAUAUCGGUCGCCAUCGGCCGCUGAGCUCUUGGACGUGCAGCAUUCCUCCCCGUCGCCGCCGCUUCCUCCGCCCGAUCAAAUGGAGAAGUCGCUCAAGCGCAACCGCGGCCAGCAGCACGAUUCCUUACCCGACGUCAUCCAGAGGUACCGCGGAGUCCUCCUUGUCAUCUCUGUCCCUCUGUUGCUCAUUACUUUCGUCCUCUUCGUCAUGCCCUCCCGAUCCCCCGAUGUUUCCCUGGGGUCCCUUAAUCGUAAGUUCUCUCCCGACUUUGGAUCUAAAAAAUACGCCGUCAUCUUCGACGCCGGAAGCUCUGGUAGCAGGGUCCAUGUCUUCUGUUUCGAUAAGAAUCUCGAUCUGGUUCCCAUCGGCAAUGACCUCGAGCUUUUUGAACAGUUAAAACCGGGUUUGAGUGCUUACCCCAAGGACCCUAAAGCUGCUGCAAAGUCACUCGCAUCACUUCUCGAGAAGGCCAAAUCUGCAGUGCCUCGCGAAGUUCAGCCCUUCACACCAGUUAGAGUUGGGGCAACUGCUGGUUUGAGGCAGUUGGAAGGCAAUGCACCUGAAAAGAUCCUGCAAGCGGUGAGGGACUAUCUAAAGAAGAAAAGCAGUUUCAGCUCAACAACAGAUUCGGUGUCUGUUUUGGAUGGAAAUCAGGAAGGUGCUUAUCAGUGGGUCACAAUCAAUUAUCUAUUAGGAAAGUUGGGUAAAAAGUACUCUGACACAAUUGGAGUCGUUGAUUUGGGAGGAGGAUCUGUACAAAUGGCCUAUGCUAUCUCAGAGUCAGAUGCUCAAAAGGCACCAAAGCCAUCAAAAGGAGAGGAUACAUAUGUGCGGGAAAUGUAUCUUAAGGGUAGAAAAUAUUACCUUUAUGUCCACAGUUAUUUGCACUAUGGUUUGCUUGCAGCGAGGGCUGAGAUUUUGAAGGUCACCGGAAAAUCUGGCAAUCCUUGCAUCUUGACAGGAUAUCAUGGUUCAUAUAAAUAUGGAGGAGCAUUUUAUCCAGCAUCACCUUUGCCAGAUGGUUCAAACAUGAAGAGCUGUAGAGAGUCUGUCAUUAAAGCUCUUAAAGUCAAUGGUUCAGCAUGCACGCAUAUGAAAUGCACAUUCUCAGGUGUGUGGAAUGGCGGUGGCGGUGAUGGUCAGAAAAAUCUUUAUGUUGCUUCAUUUUUCUUUGACAGAGCUGCUGAGGCUGGAAUCAUCGUUGAUCCAAAUGUGCCUGUUGCAAAAGUUCGCCCAAUUGAUUUUGAAAGUGCAGCUUCAAGUGCCUGUGCAACUGGACUCGAUGAUGCCAAGUCCAAAUUUCCACGUUUCAGUGAAGAAAACUUGCCAUACUUGUGUAUGGAUCUUGCAUAUCAAUUCAGUUUGCUGGUUGAUGGAUUCGGUCUAGACCCUUAUCAGUACAUCACAUUGGUCAAAAAAGUGAAAUACAAAAGUUACCUUGUCGAAGCGGCUUGGCCUCUCGGCAGUGCCAUUGAAGCGGUUUCAUAAUUCCCCUCAAAGCAUUCCCAGCAGACCGACCAUUCUCCGAGUGUGAGGUUGUGUUUCCACUUCCCAGCACCAUUGUGUUAACUAUUGAGAGAAGAUAAUGUUUUGGGCAUACACACAUUUAGUUGUAUUUGUUCUUGUAAAGUCUAUAUAUUUAAUUGGAACCCAUCAUUCUUCUACUAUUACACAGUGGUUUAGUAUUACAAGUAUUUAUUAUUUGUUGAAAGCUGGCCUGCUGCUUGUAAUUGUACUUUCUUGGAUCGUCAUUCUUCUUCUUCUUUUUUUUCUUUCUUUGUUGCUGGUUGGGUUUAAGAUGUUUGGUUAAAAUAGAUUUUAAUUUAACUUUUUUUGAAAGUUGAUACGAAAUUACAAUAUACUGUGUAAACAUUA